CACAAUAUAUUCCUUAAUGCGUUGUUUAUUAAGCUGUUAAACACAUAACCAAAACAACCAUAACAGAGAGUCCCAAAUCGAAUGUGAGACUCAAACGAAUUCUUCUCUCUUUUUCUCUCUCUCGAUCGAGAAAAAUUCUCCGCCAAGUUUGAGGUUGAUAUUGUAGCAAUCAUGAGAUACAAGAAAGGGAGUAAAGUGGAGGUAUUGAGCAAAAAUGAGGUGCCAUCGGGCUCAUGGCGUUGUGCUGAGAUAAUAAAUGGUAAUGGGCACAACUACACUGUGAAGUAUGACGUGCUUCCACGUUUUACUGAUGAGAAUGUGAUUGUGGAAAGAGUGUCGAGGAGGUCAAUAAGGCCUUGUCCUCCUACCAUAAUUUCAGACAAUUGGAUGCCUGGUGAUGUGAUAGAGGUGUUUCACAGUUCUUCUUGGAAGAUGGCAACAGUGUCAAUGGUUUUGGGUAGGAACUACUAUUUGGUUAGAUUGGUCGGAUCCUUCCAGGAAUUCAAAGUUAGCAAAUAUGACCUUCGGCUGCGGCAAUCUUGGCAGUGUGACCAAUGGAUUGAGAUUGGAAAGGGCUCUGGAAAUGAUGGAGAUGGAAAAAACAAUGAAAGAUCAAGUCUAAAGUACAACCAAUGUUCAGGCUCUCAAAUUGAGCAAAUUUAUGAAAAAAUGAAUCUCCAUGUAAAAGAUGGAUGUGUUGCUGCUCAGAACAACUUCAAUUUCUGCGAGUCCAAUUUUGUUUCCUCUAGAACUCUGAAGCGGGGGCCACCCUAUGAUUACUGUCAAUUGGAUGAACAUAGAGAGAAUGCCCAUAAAUUUCGACUGAUUGAGAAAGAAGGUAGGCAUCAUGGGGUGCCUGCCACAUAUCCAUUCCCGUCACCUGAAAAGGGUUAGAUGAGGCACAUUUCUUGGUGGAAGAAUAAAAGCUCUGGCUGUCAAGUGUGAGCAUGCUACUUCAACAGCAGUUACAUGCGUGCAUAAUUGGAGGAUUUUUAUGACAGCAAUGAUAUGUGUAUGUGCAACCACAUUAUAUGUGCUGUUUCCCUCUCUGGAAGAAUUUUUUCAAGACUUGAUAAAAUGUACACGGUGUUUGUCAAUCAAAACUCGCUAUUUCCAGCCUGAUAUUUUAAUACAGUGAGUUGUUCGUUCGAAGCUGUGGAUAUGCUGUCUGUCGCACUUCAUUGAGUUUUCUUUC